CGCGUGUGACUGCCGCCGUCACCAUGCUGGCGGCCGGCCGGCUCACCGGACUCUGCCUGCUCGCCGUGCUGGCGGCCUGGCCCCAAUCUGCCGGAGGUCAGGAGCGGAGGCCCACUCGGGUGGAGAAGCAGCGCUACGAUGGCUGGUACAACAACAUGGCCCACCCGGACUGGGGGUCAACCCAGCAGCGACUGACGCGGAAGACGCCGCCGUCCUACGCAGACGGCGUGUACAUGAUGGCCGGCCAGGACCGGCCCAGCCCCCGCAAGCUCAGCAGGAUCCUGAUGAAGGGCAAGGACGGCAUGCCGUCGCGCAAGAACCGCACGGCGUUGCUGGUCUUCUUCGGACAAAUGGUGUCGUCUGAAAUCUUGAUGGCGUCAGAGAUGGGCUGUCCGAUAGAAAUGCACAAGAUCAACGUAGAAAAGUGUGACGAGAUGUAUGACGCCGACUGCAGUGGAGAGAAGUACAUGCCCUUCUACCGGGCCGGCUAUGACGCAACGACUGGCCAGAGUCCAAACAUGCCCAGGGAACAGAUCAACUCGAAGACCAGCUGGAUUGAUGGCAGCUUCGUCUACAGUACCAGCGAGGCCUGGGUCAACACCAUGCGGUCCUUCAGCAACGGCACGCUGCGCACCGACGAGAAUGGCAUGCCGCCACGCAACAAAGAGCGCGUACCCAUCAUGAACAAGCCCAGUCCCCACCUGUUCAAAACGCUCUCGCCCGAGCGAAUGUACUUGCUGGGAGACGAGCGGACCAAUCAGAACCCGGCGCUGCUCUCGUUCGGCAUCCUCUUCUUCCGCUGGCACAACAAGGUGGCCCUGCGUGCGCAGGAGGAGCACCCGGACUGGAGUGACGAGGAGGUGUUCCAGCGAGCCCGACGCAUCGUCAUCGCCACACUGCAGAACGUCAUCAUGUACGAGUACCUGCCGGCCUUCCUGGGCGACACCGUGGACCCCUACAAGGGCUACAGGCCGGACGUCCACCCGGGCAUCAGCCACGUGUUCCAGUCGGCCGCCUUCAGGUUCGGCCACUCGAUGAUCCCGCCCGGCCUGUACCGCCGGGACAGCCAGUGCAACUACAAGCGGACGGUGAGCGGUGACCUGGCGCUCCGGCUCUGCGCCACCUGGUGGGACUCGAACGACGUGCUGGAGAACAGCACGGUGGAGGAGCUGCUGAUGGGCAUGGCGUCGCAGAUCGCCGAGCGCGAGGACGCCGUGCUGUGCUCGGACGUGCGCGACAAGCUGUUCGGACCGAUGGAGUUCUCGCGCCGCGACCUGGGCGCGCUCAACAUCAUGCGCGGGCGGGACAACGGCCUGCCCGACUACAACACCGUCCGCAAGUGCUUCAAGCUGCCGAUGAUCAAGAAUCUGACCGAGGUGAACCCGGAGCUGGCCAGCGAGCGGCCCGAGCUAUUCAAGAAGCUGAUGGACGCCUACGGAGACGAGAUGAUGAACAUUGACCUCUACGUGGGGGGCAUGCUGGAAAGCCGGGACGGGCCUGGCCAGCUCUUCCGUGCCAUCAUCAAGGAGCAGUUCCAGAGACUUCGUGACGCCGACCGGUUCUGGUUCGAGAACACCGAGAACGGCAUCUUCACGGAGACGGAGGUGGAGGCAGUCAAGAGGGUGCGCCUCUACGACAUCAUCCGGGCCACCACGGACAUCGGCAGCGGGGACCUCCAGGAGACCGUCUUCUUCCACUUGGCCGACGACCCGUGUCCGCAGCCAAUGCAGCUCAACGCCAGCAAGAUGGAGCCGUGCCGGCUGCUGGGCGGACACGACUAUUUCCAGGGCAACGAGGUAACGUACAUCUACGCCUGCAUCUUCCUGGCUGCCGUACCGCUGCUGUGCAUGGGAGCCGCCUACGGCGUGGUCAAGCUGCAGAACAGGGCGCGCCGCCGCUACCGCAUGAAGCAGGAGGAGAACAACAACGGCAGGUCCACGGACAAGAUGUUCGUCACCGAGUGGCUGCACCAGAACCACCGGCGCAACGUCAAGAUCAAGUUCGGCCCGGACGUGGCCUUCCACACGGUCAACAGAAAGGGUAUCAAGCUGCGCACGGCCCGCUUCGGCAGCGUGGAGACGGUGGUGGUGGAGGUGACGGACGACGUGCGUGGCAAGCCCAUGUGCCUGGUCCGCGUGCCCGGCGACCAUGACGUCGUGCUCGACUUCGACUCGGUUAACCUACGCAAGCGCUUCCUGGCGAAGCUGGAGCAGUUCCUGGCUGGUCACAACAAGUCGAUAGAGACGGUGUCCACCUACAAGGAGCAGAUGCUGCAGAAUGCCGACACCAAGGAGCGUCGCCAGAAGCGGCUAGAGCACUUCUUCCGCGAAGCCUAUUCGCUGUCGUUCGGCAGGAAGCCGGGAGAGAAGAAGGUGGAGGUGUCCAACGACAUCAUCAUGGUGAUGCGCACGUCACUCACGAAGCGUGAAUUUGCCAGCGCGCUCGGCAUGAAGGCCGACUCGGUGUUCGUGCAGAAGAUGUUCAACGUGGUGGACAAGGAUGGCGACGGGCAGAUCAGCUUCCAGGAGUUCCUCGAAACCGUGGAGCUGUUCUCGCGCGGCACCAUCGACAACAAGCUGCGCAUAAUUUUCGACAUGUGCGAUAACGACCGCAACGGCACCAUCGACAAGGACGAGCUGUCCGAGAUGUUGCGCUCCUUGGUCGAGAUUGCCAAGACCAACAGUCUGACGGACGCCCAAGUCGAUGAACUCAUCGACGGCAUGUUCCUGUCGGCCGGGCUGGAGGACAAGGACGUCAUGACGUACGACGACUUUAAGCUCUUGAUGAAGGAGUUCAAGGGUGACCUAGUGGCGAUUGGACUGGAUUGCAAGGGCGCAAAACAAAACUUCCUUGACACAUCGACAAAUAUUGCCAGGAUGCCUAGCUUCCUGAUGGACUCGUCUAAUGAGAGACGGGAGCACUGGUUCUGGAAGAGGUGGGACGGCUGGGUGACCUUCCUGGAGGAGAACCGGCAGAACAUCUUCUACCUCUUCCUCUUCUAUGUCAUUACCGUAGCAUUGUUUGUUGAGCGGUUUGCACACUAUUCGUUUUUGGCCGAGCACACGGACCUGCGUCACGUGAUGGGGGUAGGCAUCUCCAUCACGCGCGGUGCCGCCGCCUCCCUCUCUUUCUGCUACUCCCUGCUGCUGCUGACCAUGUCCAGGAACAUCCUGACCAUGAUGAAGAACUACGCCAUUCAGCAGUACAUCCCCAUCGACUCUCACAUCCAGUUCCAUAAGAUCGUCGCAUGCACGGCGCUCUUUUUCACGGUGCUGCACUCUGUCGGCCACCUGGUGAACUUCUACCACGUCUCCACCCAGAGUUUGGACAACCUGCGCUGUCUCAUGACGGAGAUGACGUUCCAGAGCGACGCCAGGCCUGGCAUCGGCUACUGGCUCUUCUGCACACUUACCGGAGUGACUGGCGUCAUUCUGUACAUCAUCGUGAUGAUCAUAUUCAUCUUUGCUCAUCCGCUCGUCAGGAAACGGGCUUACAAAUAUUUCUGGUACUCACACACGCUAUACUACCUGCUGUACAUCUUGUCCCUGGUGCACGGACUGGCCCGCCUGACUGGAGCACCCAGGUUCUGGAUGUUCUUCGUCGGCCCGGCGGUUGUCUACAACCUUGACAGGAUCAUCAGCCUGCGAACCAAAUACAUGGAGCUGGACAUCAUUGAGACGGAGCUGCUGCCAUCUGAUGUGUUGCGAGUGAAGUUCUACCGGCCGCCCAACUUCCAAUACCACUCGGGCGAGUGGGUGCGGCUGGCCUGCACGUCGGUGGGCGAUGAGUACCACAGCUUCACCCUGACCUCGGCGCCGCACGAGAACUUCCUCUCCUGCCACAUCAAGGCUCAGGGACCCUGGACGUGGAAGCUGAGGAACUUCUUCGAUCCCCUCAACUACGUACUCGAGGAGGACGCACAAACGCCGAGGAUCCGUCUGGAGGGGCCGUUUGGCGGCGGCAACCAGGAUUGGUACAAGUUCGAGGUCGCCGUGAUGGUGGGCGGCGGCAUCGGCGUCACCCCGUACGCCUCCAUCCUCAACGACCUGGUGUUCGGCACGUCCACCAACCGCUACUCGGGCGUCUCUUGCAAGAAGGUGUACUUCCUUUGGAUAUGUCCUUCCCACAAGAGCUUCGAGUGGUUUAUCGAUGUGCUCCGAGACGUAGAGAAAAAGGACGUCACUCAAGUCCUGGAGAUGCACAUCUUCAUCACGCAGUUCUUCCACAAGUUCGACCUUCGGACCACUAUGUUGUACAUCUGCGAGAACCACUUCCAGCGCCUGUCAAACAGAUCCAUGUUCACCGGUCUGAAAGCAGUCAACCACUUCGGCCGUCCCGACAUGUCGUCCUUCUUCAAGUUCAUCCAGAAGAAGCACAACUAUGUGUCCAAGAUCGGCGUGUUCAGCUGCGGGCCGCGACCGCUCACAAAGUCGGUCAGCAACGCGUGCGACGACGUCAACAAGGGCCGCAAGCAGCCGUACUUCAUCCACCAUUUCGAGAACUUCGGCUAGACGGCGGGCUCGGGCGCCCCGAAGAGCGGUAGCCGGCUCGGGCGCCGGGUCGGCCGCCUGUCGGGUGACUGGCGGCGGGAGCGGGAUGGAGCGAUGGGGAACUGACAUCAACAGAGAGAGGGGGAGAGCGAGAGAGGAGAGGGAGGGAGAGGAGAGAGGGUGAGGGAGAGAAAGAGAGAA